CCGAUUUGUAUCAGUUUUGUCAGAGAAGUAAACUGUUACAGCCAUUUAUAAUCAAACAACGGUAGAUUUCUCACAUUUAACAUGAUAAUAGUUAAAGUAACUGCGUCUGUACUCGAGCCGGCAACACUUUAACACCAUGGUGGACGUCGUGUAGGUUUCUGAGGAGGCAGAAGAUGAGUUGAUAGCCUGCAAAACAAGCUCGAAAAUGGCAACAUACAACGCCGAAGGACACUCUGUGGUGGUGGAGGUGAGCCCAGACAUCCACAUCUGUGGCUUCUGCAAGCAGCAGUAUAAUAAUUUCGAGGUCUUUCUCGCCCAUAAGCAAAAUGGAUGCUCCCUGCCCACCUCUGACACAUCAGCCACCACUGCAACAGCCACCCUCACUGAUUCCAGCGCCGAGUUUGUUUUCGAGGAAACCUACCAGACCUGUGUUAUGAGAGGUGUCAAAAAGAUCCUGACCAAAGCACAGAAAACACCUUCCAAAAAAUUAAAACCUUCCCUGACUUCAAAGAGACACAGCUGCUGUUUCUCAGGUUGCACUUUUAAGACACAGUAUGGCCAAAAAGACAUGGAGCGGCAUCUCAAGACCCACACUGGUGAGAAGCCGUUUGAAUGCGAGCUGUGCCACAAGCGCUUCAGCCGGCGGGACAAGCUCAACAUGCACAGCCGCUCACACACAGGUGAGAAGCCACACAAGUGUAAACACUGUCCCUACGCAGCAGCAGACAGCAGCAGUCUGAAGAAGCACCUGCGUAUCCACUAUGACGAACGGCCUUUUAAGUGCCAGAUCUGUCCGUACGCCAGCCGCAACUCCAGCCAGCUCACAGUCCACCUCCGCUCGCACACUGGGGACGCACCUUUCCAGUGCCAACAGUGUGAUGCAAAGUUCAAAAUCAACUCAGACCUGAAGAGGCACAUCCGGAUCCACUCCGGUGAAAAGCCUUACAAGUGUGACUUUUGUGAGUACCGCUGCGCCAUGAAAGGCAACCUGAAAUCUCACAUUCAGAUCAAACAUGGCACCGAGAACUCCUUCCACUGUGCGCACUGCGAUUUCCAGUGUGCCAGCAAGAAUGCUCUGCGGCAGCACUCGCGAGAACACCAACCCACUCAGCCCAUCCAGUGCUCCAAGUGCACUUACUCCUGCGCCAGCAAGGGGGCGCUCAAAGUCCACGAGAGGAUCCACUCGGAGGAGCGCCCCUUUAAAUGUGACUUCUGCAACUUCGCCUCCAAACAGCGCAGCAACCUCGUCAUCCACAAAAAGAAGUGCCACUCGGAUAAGCCUGAGAAAGGCGGCGGUGGGAAAGGUGUCAGGGGUGGCAGAGGUGGACGGAAAGGUGGAGGAGGCGAUUCUCCGAAACCUGUCGGCUCAAGGUAUCGUGCCAAACUAGAAGCAGCUCGAGCUUUUAGCUGUGACUCCUGCGAUGCAUCGUUUGUGAGGGAGGACUCCCUGCGGAGCCACAAGAAGCAGCACAGAGACACUCAGAAUGUGUUGCAGCUUCAGCUCUCCACCCCGGCCGAUUCAGUCAACUUGGUCACGUCACAGAGCAACACCCAGCUCGAAGUUCCCAUCCCACAUGACACAAUGGCUCCUUACAACAGUGCACAGCUCAAAAUCAUCGUGUCUCACCCUCUGGGUCAGGAGAACCCUUUAAUUCCAUCAGGUGUGGACAGUCAGCAUAAGACCAGCAUGGUCCUGCUCAGCCCAGAAAACCAGGACAUGGUUGUCAACUCAAUGAUCCAACAGGUCAACCUGCUGGCGCCCAUGCAGCCCCUCGGGUCGUCCCAGACUGCAGACACAACCCUCGAACCCCAGACGGUGCUGCUGACGCAGCUCAGCCCCGACGACACCAACCACCCGCUCCACCAGGCCCUGCUGCACACGGCCAUAACUGCUCAGGACUCCAGCAGCGGCUCACAGACUUUCAUCACAACCUGCUCUGAGCUGGAGGGCCUCAACGCCUUGAUCCAGGAGGGUGGCACAGAGGUGACGGUGGUGACGGAGGGCAACGCCACCAUGGUGACCACAGCAACUCCACCUGACAUGGUGUGUGCUCCAUCAGAGGACAUGUCCAAGCCAGCAGGGACAGUUGCGGUCGGGGAGAGUGCCUUACCCUGUGAGGAGAGUGCGUUGCUGGUGCCAAACAUCAGCCUGGGCAGCCAGAACGUGGUCAUCCACGGCGUUCCACUCAUAGUGUCCGCUCAGCCACAGCAGCUCUCUCCUCACACACUCUACUCAGAUACACACACACUGGAAGGCAUCCCACAGUGAGCGCAGGGUUCAGACUGAAAUCAGAAAGACUGUAACAUAAGCUAUUUCUUUGUCAGUAAGAACUCUUCUGUAGGUUACGUACGUGCAGGCCAUUAACAGUAACUGCUUUUGUUUCUAGCGAUUUAAUCAUUAACCACUGAAGUAACAAAACCGUUGACUCGGAGAUAUGCUUGUUUUCAGAUUUUAGAAUAACGAAUCAUUGUUGUAGCACCCUAGUUGAAUCCAGAAUGUCGUUAUGUUUAACACUGACUAACUUUAUGAAUAUUAAGGUUAAUAAUUUGGAUGUAAUUUCACUCACUCUACUUUCAGGGGUCACUUUUAAAGGCGUCAGCGUCAAAAUGAGCUGAGAAAAGACUGAUGAAUCAAUGAAGUCAUUGUUUAAUUAAUUACGGUUUAUUUUCAGGCAGCAUCUUAGAAAAAAAGUGAAUAAAAGUGUGAAAGAAACUGACACAACUUGAGAUUGAAUGGAUGUCUUUGUGCCGUCAUGGAGUUCUCCAGUGUGUCCAUUAGGCGGCAGCAGAGUGAUACGAUACAGGGUGAAGUUCUGGAGUAUUGCUCUGUUGUAGUAUUGAUUCUACAUACUCUGCAUCAGUAGCUUUUUUUUCCUUUUUGAAAUGAGCAUUUUCAAGUCCUCAUCUUGAAUCCAGGAAGUAGAUGCCAUUCGUAGAAAACAUUAGUCUGCGUAUCAAGGUCUCAGUUUCUAAAAGCCAAGUUGCUCUUCCAAUAGAUUUUUCAAUAAAGUGCCUGUUUUGCUUGUGGCUAUCUAUUAUUGUGGCCAUUUUUACACUCCAGACUUCAGCACUUAGUAUUUGCACAGAGUGAAGGCUGCACCUGAAUAGGAGUCUCCCAUGAACAGAAUGACCAUUGAUUUCUCUCUCGUCCCUCAGCACUAAUGGCUCUGCUGAUGCAGACUCUGGCUCAGCACGGCCACAAAUUUCGAUGAAGUCGUUUGAUGGACGAAUCUUUGCCCGCACUGAAGUUUCACCUCACAGUUAGUUUGUGCUGCCAAAGGGGGACUGGUACUGCUAGUAAACGAAUCGAGGACCACACGCCUCUUGUUGCUGUAGUUUACAUUUAACACGGUGUGACGUGUUUGAUGAGCUUGUAUAUAUUUUAACUGUUGACGCCUUUUAUUCUGUUCCAUUUAUUGUCUGAGAGAGGCAGAACAUUCUCAAUUUAUACAUUUCCUUGAUGUGAAACUGUCAGUGGUAAAAUGUAACUAAGUACUUUUACCACACUUGGUAAUUUUACAGAUACUUUUAGUGAGUUUUACCAUUUUAAUGCUUCUAAUACUUUGCCAUUUUCAGGGCAGUACUGUAUUUUUUACUACACUACUCAUUACUGACAGUUACUAGUUGACUGCUAGUUAUUUAGUAGAUUAAAGGAAUAGUUUGGCAUUAUGUAAAAAUACUCUUUUUCACUUUCUUGUUCAAAGGUAGAUGAGAACAUUGACACCACUCUCACGUCUCUCUGUUAUAUUUGAAGCUGCAGCCUGGUUUUGUAAAACUGCAACUGGUUGUUUUUAUAUUUGGGAUUUAAAUCAAUGAGAUAUACCUUGGUAACUGCUGAGCUAUAGAGGUGCUGGUAGGUUGAUUUUAUUAAGGGGACUCUAUACGAAAUUCAGAAUGUGUGAGUGUCUGCACAUGGUUCUCAUUGAGGUGGCAGAGCUGGCAGCUAACAGUGCUAACUCCAUAACUAGCGCUAAACUGGCAACAGUGCUGAGAGAGUUAAUGCUGUUAACCAGGGG